AUGGCAGGGAAGGAGUACAUACCCGAGAAGGAAGACGAACAUAUCGACAAGUUGGCUUUUACUGCAGUCGCAGCUCCUACCCAGCUAUCCAGUCAAAACGAUUCAUCGAACCCCCACAUCAUAAGAGACUUGGACCAAUACGCUCCCCAUGGUCCUCCAGCCACAAGAAAAGAGGUCUGGUCAUAUUAUUUGUAUUACGCAGCCAAUAAUGGAAUUGGUUCUUUCCAAUACUGCGAUGUCGAUCCUACAGCACCUUGCCACGUCUUCUGGGGAGGAGGACAUAAGACCAAGGAAUAUACAUCUGUCGUGUUGAUUGGAAAUGGCUUGACCUUCCUAGCGCAGGCAUUGCUCUUUCUUGGGAUCGGUAGUCUGGCUGAUUUUGGGAAUUGGAACCCCUGGGUUGUCAGAGGAUUCUCCAUCCUAUGCUGGGCGUUUGAAUUCGGAUUUUUAGGUGUUAAAACGGCCGCAAAAUGGAGGGCUGCUAUGGCGCUCUACAUUUUGAGUAGCAUUACUUGGUGCGCUUCCUACGUUUUCUUCAAUGCGAUUUUCCCCAAACUAGCCCACGAUCUCCCCGAAGCUCGAACGGCGAGAGAAGAACUAUUGAAUGGCACGAUUGACGAAGAACAAUAUGAACGAAAAUGCUCGAUGGCAAGGUCGAAAAUCAUGAACAUCAGCUACGGAUGGAAUAACUUUGGAUUCGUGGUCUGCUGUGCCUUAUCACUUGGUGCAUUGUUUGGAGUACAUGCAGAUGACGGUACACAGCAAAAUAACUGGGGUUAUUCAGUCUCUGUUGCUGUUUGUACUGGCUUCUGGAUAAUAUUCGCGAUACCUUGGUUUCUAUGGGAGAAGAAACGACCUGGCCCACCAUUACCCAAGGGCGACAACUACCUGACUUUCGGUUUCAAGCAGACAUAUUUUACAUUCAAGCAGUGCUAUAAGCUGAAACAGACAUUCUUUUACUUGGUUGCAUUCUUCCUACUUGCGGAUGGCACCAACACCCUUAUCACUCUGGUAGCAAUCGCUCAAACACAGGCCGUCGAGUUCUCCGCCACACAAAAUACAUACUUCAUAAUGGUCCAAGGAUCAUCUUGCACAGUUGGCGUAUUUGGCGCGUACUAUGUCCAAAAGUACUUCCACCUGCGAACAAAAACUAUGCUCCAGUGGACGAACUUUGGCUGCGUCCUACUCGCCCUCUGGGGUAUGAUCGGAAUCUGGACCGAUAAAUUUGGAUUCCACAACAUUUGGGAAUUCUGGUUAUUCGCUGCACAAUACGGAUUCACACUCGGUGCACAGUUCUCGUACGGUCAAGCAUUCAUGGCUGAGUUGGUGCCUCGUGGACGAGAAUACAUGUUCUUCAGUCUCCUCGGCAUUGUUUCGAAAGGUUCAGCCUGGAUCGGCCCCAUCGUUAGCAGCGCGAUUCUUGAUGCCAGCGGCAAUCAAUGGUGUGCAUACCCGUUUGUGGCAGCUCUGAUCUUUGUCCCUUCGGUUGCAAUUAUCUUCAUUAGCGAAGUCAAGAGCAGGAAAGAAUGCGCUGAAUAUCUCGCGAAAGAAGCAGCAGAUCUGAGAAAGGUCGCUGAGGAGUCCGAAUCUGAGAACCACGCGAAAGCUUUUUAA